AUGUUCGUGUUAGUGCUAAUGGAAGACGUGGUUCGUAUAAAACCGCACCAAAUGGGGCAGGACGUGGAAGAGGUUGUUACAGCGCGGCUUAAUGAACUGCUUUCUAAUAAAGUCAUCCCCGGAGUUGGUCUCUGCAUUUUUUUGCACGAUAUUCUUGAACUAGGAGACGGGUACAUUUUACCAGGUGAUGGGAGUUCCCAUGUUCGUGUUAAGUUUCGCUUUAUAGUUUUCCGCCCAUUUGUAGACGAGAUCAUAGAAGCGAAGGUGCUUUCGAGCAAUAAGAAUGGAUUAACUUUGACAAUUAAAUUUUUUGAGGAAAUUUUUAUUCCUGCUCACAGAUUGCCCCAAACGUCGGUUUUCGAGGAAGAGGAACAGGCAAGUCUUUUUAUUGGUUUGACUCACCCUUUUAGGAACUACACUCUCCCACUUACUCGCUCAUUCGCUUUAGAAGCUUUGGCGUUUAGGGGAUCCGUUUGGUAUUGGGAGUACGUUAGUGAUGACGACCAACCUCCCGCAAAAUUGUAUAUGGACCCAGGAAAAGUUGUGAAGUUUCGAGUUGUAGAAAAUUUAGACCCCAUGGAUGUCGACCCAAGUGCCGCACAAGAAGAAAACAAAAAAGAAAAGUCGUUUGAAAUCAUUGGCUCAAUGGCAGAACUAGGAUUAGGCUGCGUUGCUUGGUGGACAAGUGAUGAAGAUGCUUGUGCUGAGGCCGAAGACGAGGGGGAGGCAUCUUGA